ACUGAUUGCUCCGGCUUGUGCGUCACGGCACGAGUGGAGAGGCAUGCAAGUUUUCAGUGGACGUGUGCAGGCCCCAAAACAGCUGGCACGGGAGCUUAAAAUACCAGGGCUCCAGAGAAAGACCCCAUCCGCAGCGCACUGACCUGCAGACAGCCCAAGAGGAUGUGUGGCUGCCGAGCCAGAGGCCAGUGGCUGUCGGCCUUCGGGCUGCUGCUGCUGCGGGGGGGGGCUGUGGCCACUGCCCUUCCGCUGGAGCGUGGUCCCAUCAGCCAGGACAACGGGGAAGCUGCAGAAGGGAAGAGCGCCAGCCUCCUGACUUUCCUUGCCUGGUGGCACGGGUGGAUCUCCCAAGCCAGCUCCAGCGCCCUCAUCGGAGGGGAUACCAGCGAGGUGUCUAGGCGACAGGAAAGCCCACCUCUCCAGCAGCCCCCGCGCCGGGAUAAAAUGCCCUGCAAGAACUUCUUCUGGAAAACCUUCUCCUCUUGCAAGUAACCCCGCCCUGGCCACCCCUGGAA